AUGGCGAAACCUCAAAUUAAAUCGUUCCAAUCCACUGUGAAUUUAUUAAAGCGAAUUGCUGGAGGGACAUCAUCAUCAACAUCGCACCUCUUCGCCCCCGAGCAGCUUUCAAAUCUAGUCGAUUCGAUCGAACCAUUCAUUUAUGGAAGUACACCUAUGUGUGAAGCGUUAACCUAUGCGCUUAAGAUAUUUAGUUCCAGUACUGAUCAAUUGAAAGUUCUGUUUUUAAUUUCGGAUGGAAAAUCUACGGAUGGUGAUCCUGUGCGAUUCGCUAAACAAUUGCAUGAUAACAAUGUGAUUGUUUUCUCUUGUUUAUUGACAUCUGAGAAUAUUUCUCACCCAAGACGCUUAUACUAUGAACCUGAUGGGCGCUGGACGGAGGCACAACAGCAAAUGUUUCAGCUUAGUUCUACGGUGGAAAAUACUCAUUCGGCAAUGUCGAUUCUCUUGGAACAAAAAUGGGAACUUCCUGCAUCUGGCCAUAGUCGUCUUUUCAUACAAGCCAAUCAUCCUGAUGUUAUCAAUGAAUAUUCAAAUCUCGUUCAACAAAUAACAGAAAGAAACGACAUUCUGUUAAAUAUAAUUGGUCGUGUCUCAUUAGAUAUGUAUAUUAACGUUGCCAAUUCAGGCUUCGAACCAAAACUACAACGGGGUGGUACAUGCUAUGCCUAUGCUGUGGCAGCUGUCUUUCAUUUGGCAAUGCGGCGAAUCGAAGGCCGAGAAAAUGGAGUACCUGACUUCUCUGACAUAUGUCAAAAGCUGAUCAAUGAAUACGGCAAAGAAGGAGCAGUGACUAAAAAUGUACUGAAUAUCUGGGCGCCCAAAUAUCGUUUACACUACAAGGAAGUCGAUGAACUUGGUGCUAGACAAGCAGUCAAUCAACGACGUCCAGUGGUCGCCACAUUCAGAUUGGAUGAGAAGCAAUGGGAUAAUUUCAGCAUGUUUUACAAAAACCAACCACAAGGUGUUCUCGAAAGUAAAGAUAUAGGUGCGUCCAAUGUGGGAAUGAAGAUAGAUGGGCAUGCCAUUGUUUUGAUGAAAUGUGAUCCAACUAGUUUGACAUUUAUGAAUUCAUGGGGUACUGAUUUUGCCGAUGGAGGCUUCUUUCGAGUUCGAAACCAAGCGGUAUUGAACCUACAAUAUUAUGAUGUUUAUUGGACGUUGAAUGAUUUGAAACAAAGCGAAAUUGUGGCAUUCACUACCAAGAGCAAUGAGAAAGGACAAGAUAUUCUACGCAACUUACCAAAAAGUAUUCAAAAUCUACCCUACAAAUGUCCAAAAUGUCAUCGAUCCUCUCCAGCCAUCAUGUUUACCGGACAUCUAAUAGAAGCAGAGUGUCCGCAAUGCCAGCAACGCUUUAAGCCCACUGCGUUAGGAAUCGUUCUUAACUUAUACACACUCUAG